AGAGAUGGGAAAGGGAAAUAAUAUAAUUCCCAAUGGGCAUUUCCACAAAGAUUGGAAGAAACACGUGAGGACAUGGUUUAACCAGCCGGCUAGGAAGUUUCGCCGCUGGACGAAACGUAAUGAUAAAGCAAAAAAGAUUGCUCCCAGGCCUGUCGCUGGUUUGUUGAGACCCGUAGUUCGCUGCCCUACCUUCAAAUAUAACUCCAGAAUUAGAGCUGGACGAGGAUUCACUAUUGAAGAGUUGAAAGCAGCUGGUUUCAACAAAAAAUAUGCCAAAACCAUUGGCAUUGCAGUUGAUUUCAGACGCCGCAACAAGUCAGUUGAAGGUUUUCAAGUGAAUGUUCAGAGAUUGAAGGAGUACAAGGCCAACUUGAUCCUCUUCCCCAAGAAAUUGAACAAACCUCAGAAGGGAGAUGCUACCGAGGAAGAGAUGAAGUUGGCCACACAAUACAAAGGCAAACAAGUCCUACCAAUUAAAGCAUCAGUUGUUAAGGAGAAGGCAAGGGCAAUCACCCCAGAGGAGAAAAAAUACUCUGCUUUUGUUGCCCUUCGUCAAGCUCGUGCUCAUGCCAGGUUGGCUGGAAAGAGGGCCAAGAAACAAAAAGAUGCUGAAACCGAUGGGGGUGGCGAUAAGUAAAUGAUAGUGAUGUUGAAGUCAUUUGUGAAAUGUCAUUCACUUAAAAACAGUUUGUUUGUUCCAUGUACGUGUGUGAAGAUAAUAAAAUUCUGUUGAAUUACA